UCCGUUGUUGCUCUCUUUCUCUCUCUCUCCACUUCCAUCUUCGCCUCUCCGACAUCGUUCGGCUGUGUGAACAUGUCAGAUACCUCCAUCACGCCCCAAGGUGAAUCAAGCACAGCCUCGCUUCCCACACAGCAGUUGAAUCGCUCGUGCGAGUCCUGCCGCAGCCUGAAGGUGCGCUGUCUGCCCAAUCCAUCCACGCCAAAUCAGUGCCAGCGAUGUGCAAAGGGGAAAAAGGCUUGCGUCUUUGUGGCCCCUCAGCGGCGUCGGCCGCGGAAACGCACUGAUUCACGAGUGGCUCAGCUCGAGAAGGAAAUGCGGAUGAUGCGUUCGCUGUUGAAGGACCGUAUUCGCGAAGAGAGCGAACCGGAGUCCCCCGAAGGCAGCGAGGGUUCUCCCGAUGAAUCCGUGGAAAUGGACUUUCACGACCAUCUAGGCCCGAUCCCAGAAGCUCCGGCCAGUGCAACGGGCUCAAGCCGGUAUAUGGACUAUUCGCCCGAGUUUAUCAAUACUGCUCAUCCGGGUAUGGCUGGGAGUGGCCCUCUUUCUGCGCCGCCGUCCAUGUCCGGGUUGCACAUGAACUUUUCACCGGAUACGAAUCGAACUCCUCCGGAGGACGUGGUAGAUCGGGGAAUCAUCUCCCUUGAAGAUGCAGAGCAGUUGGUGGCGUUUUUCAUCCAUGAACUAGCAUCAUUCUUCCCGCUGGUCGUUCUGCCCUCUAGCACCACGGCUGCACAGCUACGGCAAACGAAGCCGAUCCUAUUCCUCUCUGUGAUUUCGGCAGCGGCAAUCUCGAUCGAUGCGGGGCUAGCGGGUGUGUUGAAUCGGGAGAUGGUUCGACUCUAUGCAGAGCGGUUUUUCAUCGAGGGGGAAAAGUCGUUGGAGUUGGUGCAGGCGUUGCUGAUCAUGAUCAUCUUCUAUUACCCGCCCGGGUCGCCCUUGAAGUUGCAAUUCUAUCAGUAUACCCAUAUUGCCUCGACUAUGGCGCUGGAAAUCGGUCUAGCCACGAAACGGCGGGUCUCGAAGAAGAAGUCCGAUCGGAAGAAUAGGCAUGAGCCGUAUGAUGAACUUUUGGCGGAGCAAGCCAGGGCUGUUCUGGGUUGUUAUCAUCUGGGGUCAACUGUGGCCAUGAAAACCCGUCGACCUAAUCUCCUUCAGUUCAACGAUUGGAUGAAUGAGUGCGUGCAGCAACUAGAGCGAUCACCACACCGGACAGACCAGCAUUUAGCCGUCUGGUUUGAGCUUCAACGAAUCACCGACGAAGCCAUGUCUUCAUUCGGCUUGGAUGACACGAGUGCCUCUUCACCCUUGACCGAGUCACGAGUCCAAGCUGUGCUGCGAUGGUUCGACAAACGCAUGGAGGGAUGGAGAAAGACCACUCCAACCGACAUGCUCACAGGUGAGUUUCCUUCCCCUUCCACCCACCGAAUUCCAGCAUCAGUCCCUAACAACGGGUUCAUCACAGUCCCCAUGAUCCUCGAAUACCGCUCCGCCGUCCUAGCCAUGUACGAACUCGGCGUAGGAGAAGGCUACCGCGAUCCAGACGCCAUCAAAAAGCGGUACUUCACGCUGCCAACUCUAGACGAAGACGGUAAUCAGCCAUUGGGCCCACAAAUGAGCGCCAUCCGCAUCGACAUCAACGUGAAAUGGAUGAACGCCGCACACGAACUGCUCGACGCCGUCCUGACCUGCAGCGUGGACACGAUGCGUAGAAUGCCGAACCUGACGUAUACCCGGUUCGGCAUGGCGAUGACCUCGUUGCUCAAAAUCCAUUUUUCCGUGCGAACAGGCGCCCUCGGCGAGGUUGUUACUCCGGAAACUGUGAAUGUGGGCUAUUACCUCGAUGCGAUGGCGAGUAAGCUGGGCGAGGCGAGUGGGGGCGGCAAAUACAAGAUUCCGAGUCGGUGGUAUCAAGUUGUUGCUAUCAAGGGCCGGGAUUGGCAUGAUCGGUUGGAGAAGAGGUAUACUGGCGGUGUUGGUGCAGGUGCGGGUGAAGUUGGGUCUGGAUCUGGGAUGGUAUCGGAGAGUUCAUCCACGGAUACGAAACCGAUUACUUCGACGGGUCAAUUGCCGGGUUCACAGGGACAGGCUGCACAUAUGGAUCACCCGGCUAAUCCGUCUGCGGUAGAUUCGUUCACGGUGCAGCCGGGUUUAUCACAUAUGCCACCAGGCAUGGAAAAUAUGCGGGAUGGAUAUGUGGCUAUGAGCGGUGCGGGCAUGUGGCCCAUGGAUGGUCAUAGUCAUGGUGGACAUGGUCACGGCCAUGGCCACGGACCGUUCUUUCAAUCCAUGCCUGGGGGAUACCAGACGAGUCAUGCACCGGGGACGACGGUUCCUCCUCAGUUUGGGUAUGAUCCGCAACGAAUGCCUCCGCAGGGCGGAGGUCAAAUGCCCGGCACGGGCAUGGAGUUGGAUGGGUGGCUUCCGGAUGGGAGUAUCUUCGGUAUGCCUCCGUUGCCGGAAUUUUGA